AUGCACGAUGUUGUUCGUGACUUUGCUAUAUAUAUAGCGUCUAAAGAGAAGCAUGGCUUCAUGGUAAGAGCUGGUCACAAUUUGAACGAGUGGCCACGAAGGGAGUCAUUCAGCCAAAAAUCAGCUAUUUCGUUGAUGAGCAAUGAUAUUCAUGUGCUCCCAAGGGAUGUACAUUGUCCCAAUCUUCAAAUUUUACUGCUUGGAGAAAAUGAAGGUCUCGAACAGAUACCAGAGAACUUUUUUAUACAGAUGAAAAUGCUACAGGUUUUGGAUUUAAGUGAAAGGGUUGGUGUCCAUUCGCUAAAGCCUCGGUAUGGUUUAGUCCCUAAUGCCACUAGAAAAAUUCCACGUCCUCUCAGAUUUCCAUCAUCAGUUAAAGUUCUCACAAGCCUGCGAACUUUACGUUUAGACCGCUGCAAGUUAGGUGAUGUAUCUAGCCUUGGCAGAUUGAGGAGCCUGGAGAUUUUGAGUUUAUCCGGGUCCUCUAUCAGAGAACUUCCAAAUGAAUUUCGGGACUUGGUUAAUUUGAGGCUGUUGGACUUGUCAUUCUGUGGGUACCUUCAGAAAAUCCCUGAGAACUUGAUAUCACACCUUGUCCAGUUAGAAGAACUUUAUAUGGGUGGGAGCUUUCAAUUGUGGAAGCUAGCAGAUGGAUCUGUUGAAGGGAGUGGACAAGCAUGCUUGUCUGAGCUAAUGUCACUGCCCCACUUAAACAUUUUGUGUGUGGAAGUCUCCACCCUUCUAGCAUUCCCUGAGAACUUCUAUCUUCCUAGCAUACAUAAGUUUGAGAUAACGAUCAAAGUUACUGGGUUCGGCCGCACCCCCUAUUACCAUGCUAGCUCCGCCCCUGAUCUUAGAGAGAUAAAAACUGGUAUACCAAAUGGAAUGAAACAUAUGCUUCAAUUCACAGAGGAGUUGACAAUGUUCUGUGCAUGCAAGGAAAUACUGAAAAGUAUCUUUGAUGUCAAAGGGGGUUUAUAUCACUUGAAAGCUCUUGAAAUAACUGCCAGUGAAGACAUUACCUAUCUCGUCGAUGAGGUUCUUCAUAGCGAUGCAUCUGUAAUUUUAGGAGCUUUGGAGAAACUACAUCUUCGGAAUCUCAAGAAGCUAUGUACACUUUCUAUCCGCUCAAUUAAAGCAGGUUCCUUCCAGAAUCUGCAGAUUCUAAAGGUUGAUAUUUGUCAUAAUUUAAGUAUUCUACUUGGAACUGAGUUGCUCCAGAGACUAUCAAGUAUAGAAGAAGUUGAUGUGUAUUUGUGUAACAUCUGA